GAGAUGGUAGUUCUGGGGACUCAACCGCAUGCAAUUACACUCGUGAGUAUUCUUCCCGCCUGUGCUGGUUUGGAGUUUUUGAACUUGGGGAAAUUGGUUCAUGGUUGUGCUGUUAAAUUGGGGGUGGACUCUGAUAUUUCACUGAUUAACACUUUAUUCGCUCUCUAUGGUAAGUGUGGAAUUGUUGAUACUGCCAGAUCUUUGUUUGAUCAGAUGCCAGUCCGAAGCCUGGUCUCGUGGAAUGCCAUGAUUGCUGCUUAUGAACAGACUAAUGCUGAUCGGUAUGCAAUUAAGCUCUUCCGUAGAAUGCUAAUUGAAAAGGUAGAAUUUGAUUAUAUCACAAUGGUUAGUGUUAUAUCAGCUUGUGCUAAUUUGGGAGCACUAAAUACUGGGAAAUGGAUACAUAAGCUUGUGAGGAACAAAGGUCUUGAAACUAAUGUUUCGAUUACUAAUGCUUUAAUUGACAUGUAUGCGAAAUGUGGAAACGUAGCUUUGGCAAGGGAUGCUUUCGACAAGUUGCCUCAUAAAAGUGUUGUGUCCUGGACUUCAAUUAUAGGGGCCUGUGCAUCUCAUGGGCAUGGGGACAAUGCUCUGACACUCUUCACAAAGAUGAAAGAGGAAGGAAUUAGGCCAAAUAGCUUCACCUUCAUAUCUGUUUUAACAGCUUGUAGGCAUUCAGGUUUAAUAGAAGAAGGGAAGAAGCAUUUUGAGAGCAUGACAAAAGAUUACUCAAUCAGGCCUGCUGUAUAGCACUGUGCUUGUACGGUGGAUCUUCUAGGUAGAGCUGGCCAAUUGGUGGAGGCUUAUGAGUUUAUCCAGAACAUGCCAAGUGGACCAGAUAUUGGUGUUUGGGGAGCUUUGCUUGGUGCUUGUAGAAUCCAUGGUAAUCUUGAGCUAGCAGAGCUUGUUGCUGACCGGUUGUGUCAGUUGGAGCCUCAAACUGUUAGUUUUUAUGUCCUUAUGACAAAUAUCUAUGCUGAGGCUGGUAGGUGGGAAGACGUAGCAAGAUUGAGGAAGUUGAUGGAAGAAAGAGAGUUGAAAAAGAUUCCAGGCCAUAGUUUGGUGGAGGUAAACCAGAGGUUUCAUACAUUUUUAUCAGGUUCAAAAUCACGGCCUUUCUAAAGUGUUUUAUUCAAGUAGAUAACAUUCAUCUCAAGUACCGUGGCCAACAUGUAUAAUGUAGGAUGCAAUAUGGAUACUAGUUUCUUGUAAGCAAUGAUUGGCAUU